UGGCCUCAGAGGAUCCAUUCACCUUGGCCUCCCACAGUGCUGGGAUUACAGGCCUGAGCCACUGCACCCCACCUGAAUCUAUUCUUUAUAACGAAAUGAUGCUAUUUCGUUUCGUAAUCAUACAAGUGUAUUUUUACAACUGAAAGAGUCUUGAAAGGUUGAAAUGAAACUUGCCCUCCAACAGUUUCUAUAUGUCAGGUACUAAGGAGUGUGCGAGUAUGUAAGUGUGUAAUUUUUCUGACAUUCUUCAUAACUUAUAUCUUCAUCUGGGUUACGUUCAUUAUUAAAGACCGCAAUGCUCAUCUCUAUGUUCGAUCCCUAGUACUAGGUAGCACUAGGAGCUUGUCAAUCCUGUUGAAUCACUUUAUGAUCUAUCCUUUUGUUUGUAGGAACUAUCUAAUUUGAACCCUAUAUGAAAAGUUAAUGUAGGUUCUCCCUUACAAAUCUCCAAGGGAAAGAACUCUGUCGUCUCUUUUCCUUAAUAGCAAGAGCAAGUGCUUCCAUUUAUCAUUCAAGGUCUACUGUUGCCUCCUUUUUUUCUUUAGCAAAAUCAGUGUUAAAGAAAUCUUCUGAGAAGUCAAAGGCUGCUACCUGACAUCCUGUUGAGAAGGAUUGAUUCUCCUGUGAGCUGGGAGGAGUUUCAGUGGAUAUUAAGCACUUUUAUUUAUCUCCUUUUCCUGCAGAGAUCCCAUUAAAAGGAUAGUGAAAAAAUAAAAAAUACAUAGAUCAACAACAUAAAGAACUGAAAGGCCACCAGCAUGGAAAAGGAAUUUCAUAAUGUUUCCGGCAGCCUGGAGGCUGAUGAGGCUCCAUGACUGCUAAAUUAUUGUGGGGGCUGCAGCUGGGGAGUCUCACCUUGGAAACUCUGAAUGCCAGGUGGGUGGGAGUCCCAUGUGGGGCUGAAAAUCACACAGUUCCAUGGAUACAAACAAGGACUGGAAACCAGAUAUUUAUCCCUCUGCCUCAUCUCUGAAGAAAUGUGCAGAAUUGUCUGGGGAGACUCCCUGAUGCUAGUUUGGAAGGCAGCUUCUUAGAAGGGGAACCACCCUAAUGCCCACUCUCUGAGUCAGACCCCUCUGCCCAGGACACCGGCCUCUCUAGGGUUUCUUUUGUCUCGUAUUUAAGUAUGAUGCAUGACCAUGGUUGCCCAGAUACUCCAGGAAAGCUCCUGAUCAAAGAGGGCAGGAUGAGAUGAAGAAAUAACAGCCCCCAGGAAGCAGAGAGGACCCAGGAAAUAGGGGAGGAGACACAACUCUCAUUUCCAUAUUGAAAGGUUUUGCAAAGGGCAUCUUGUUAAAAAAAAAAAAAAUAAAAAACCAGAAAACAAAAAACACAACUUUUAGAAGGAAGGAGCUACUAGAAUCAAGAAAGAACCAAUGCAAACCAAAACUGUGAUCCACAGGUAAUUCAAAGAAGGGUUGAUUGGAAGUAAGUUCAGAAAAUUGCCCAGGAAGACAAGGAAAAAUGAAAUAUCCUGUGUGUCUAACCGCUGGCAGCAAUCAAAGAGAAGUACACAGACUGGACAGAAUUUCUCAUACGUGACUUGACCGGUUCGAGGACAGCACCUGCCAACCUCCUGGAAGGUGUAUGUAUUGUUGUUAUACAUCUAAUCUAUCUCUGAAGCACCCGAGUUGCGUGAGCUCAGACCUGACAGCACCUUUGCAUGAUUCCCAGAGCCCUUUUCAGUACUGGAUAGUUAGUGUGAUUGAAAAUGUUGGAGGAAGAUUACGCCUUCGCUAUGUGGGAUUGGAGGACACUGAAUCCUAUGACCAGUGGUUGUUUUACUUGGAUUACAGACUUCGACCAGUUGGUUGGUGUCAAGAGAAUAAAUACAGAAUGGACCCACCUUCAGAAAUCUAUCCUUUGAAGAUGGCCUCUGAAUGGAAAUGUACUCUGGAAAAAUCCCUUACUGAUGCUGCCAAAUUUCCUCUUCCAAUGGAAGUAUUUAAGGAUCACGCAGAUUUGCGAAGCCAUUUCUUCACAGUUGGGAUGAAGCUUGAGACAGUGAAUAUGAGUGAGCCCUUUUACAUCUCUCCUGCGUCAGUGACUAAGGUUUUUAACAAUCACUUUUUUCAAGUGACUAUUGAUGACCUAAGACCUGAACCAAGUCAAGUUUCAGUGCUGUGCCAUGCAGAUUCUUUGGGGAUUUUGCCAGUACAAUGGUGCCUUAAAAAUGGAGUCAGCCUCACUCCUCCCAAAGGUUACUCUGGCCAGGACUUCGACUGGGCGGAUUAUCACAAGCAGCAUGGGGCGCAGGAAGCCCCUCCCUUCUGCUUCCGAAAUACAUCAUUCAGUCGAGGUUUCACAAAGAACAUGAAACUGGAAGCUGUGAACCCCAGGAAUCCAGGAGAACUGUGUGUGGCCUCCGUUGUGAGUGUGAAGGGGCGGCUGAUGUGGCUUCACCUGGAAGGGCUGCAGACCCCUGUUCCAGAGGUUAUUGUUGAUGUGGAAUCCAUGGACAUCUUCCCCGUGGGCUGGUGCGAAGCCAAUUCUUAUCCUUUGACUACACCACACAAAGCAGUCUCACAAAAGAAGAGAAAGAUUGCAGUUGUGCAACCAGAGAAACAAUCACCGGCCGCAGUGCCUGUUAAGAAAAUACCUCAUGACCUUUGUUUAUUCCCUCACCUGGACACCACAGGAACCGUCAAUGGGAAAUACUGCUGUCCUCAGCUCUUCAUCAACCACAGGUGUUUCUCAGGCCCUUACCUGAACAAAGGAAGGAUCGCCGAGCUACCUCAGUCGGUGGGACCAGGCAAAUGCGUGCUGGUUCUUAAAGAGGUUCUUAGCAUGAUAAUCAACGCAGCCUACAAGCCUGGAAGGGUAUUAAGAGAAUUACAGCUGGUAGAAGAUCCCCACUGGAAUUUUCAGGAGGAAACGUUGAAAGCCAAAUACAGAGGCAAAACAUACAGGGCUGUGGUCAAAAUCGUACGGACAUCUGACCAGGUCGCGAAUUUCUGCCGCCGAGUCUGUGCCAAGCUAGAGUGCUGUCCAAAUUUGUUUAGUCCUGUGCUGGUAUCUGAACACUGCCCAGAGAACUGCUCCAUUCAUACCAAAACCAAGUACACCUAUUACUAUGGAAAGAGAAAGAAGAUCUCCAAGCCCCCCAUCGGAGAAAGCAACCCUGACAGCGGACACCCCAAACCCACCAGGCGGAGGAAGCGACGGAAAUCCAUUUUCGUGCAGAAGAAACGGAGGUCUUCUGCCAUGGACUUCACAGCGGGCUCGGGGGAGGAAAGCGAGGAGGAGGACGCUGGCGCCAUGGACGACGACACCGCCAGUGAGGAGACCGGCUCCGAGCUCCGGGAUGACCAGACAGACACCUCGUCCGCGGAGGUGCCCUCGGCCCGGCCCCGGAGGGCCGUCACCCUGCGGAGUGGCUCAGAGCCCCCACGCCUGCCGCCCCCGGAGAGGACACGAAGGGGCCGCAGGGCGCCGGCCGCCUCCUCUGCAGAGGAAGGGGAGAAGUGCCCGCCGGCCAAGCCCGAGGGGACAGAGGACACAAAACAAGAGGAGGAGGAGAGACUGGUUCUGGAGAGCAACCCAUUGGAGUGGACGGUCACCGACGUGGUGAGGUUCAUUAAGCUGACGGACUGUGCCCCCUUGGCCAAGAUAUUUCAGGAGCAGGACAUUGACGGUCAAGCACUCCUGCUUCUGACGCUCCCAACGGUGCAGGAGUGCAUGGAGCUGAAGCUCGGGCCUGCCAUCAAGUUAUGCCACCAGAUUGAGAGAGUCAAAGUGGCUUUCUACGCCCAGUAUGCCAACUGAGUCUGCCCUCGGGACGUGGCCCAUAAUCGCUGGGAUGCGGUGUUGCUAAAGGUUUCCAGGACUGAAACUUUGAUUUCCAGGAUAUGUUGCAUGGUACGGACACUGAGUAUCACCAGAAAGCCAGAAGCCCAGGAUCUCCUGCCUCUGCCAGCCUGUGAGCUGUUCCCAUGUUUUCAAAGCACAGAGAGGCGCUGCAGAAGUCGCUUCUGGGGAGCGCCAGUUAAAGUAGUGCAUCAGCCUCUGCGGGGAUGUGGGCCUGCUGCUUUGUGCACCCACAUUUUGCCUUUCUCCCACCACAAACCAGGCAGCUCCCGUGGAGCCGGGUUUCUUAAAAUGAGGCCUGCAUUCUUUGAAAACUAAGAAUGUCACCAAGGAAGAAACCUCACCCCAUGCCAUAGAGCUUCCUGUAAUAAAACGGGCACAUUUAUCGACGCUGUUACCUAUGGAUAGGCGUGUGACACUGGUCGAGUGGCACACACAGUUUCAUCUUGGUGGCAACUCCUUUCUCUAACACAGCUGGCAGCGAUGUCCUUAUGAAGAGAUGUGCUAAAGCUCUGUCCUCUGUUAGAGGUGCCUCUUAGGAAUACGGAGAGUGAAGGAGGCCAGUAGGCUUCUCCAUGCAACUGGAUGAUCUGUUUGUUUGUUGUGUUGUGUUUUUAGAGACAGAGUCUUGCUCUGUCACCCAGACCGGAGUGCAGUGGCAUGAUCUCAGCUCACUGCAACCCCUGCCUCCUGGGUUCAAGUGAUUCUCCUGCCUCAGCCUCCCAAGUAGCUGGGAUUACAGGCGCCCACCACUGUGCCCAACUAAUUUUUGUAUUUUUCUUAGAGAUGAGGUUUCACUAUGUUGGCCAGGCUGGCCUCGAACUCCUGACGCCAAGCGAUCUGCCCACCUCGGCCUCCCAAUGUGCUGGGAUUACAGGCAUGAACCACCGUGCCCAGUCCAACUGGAUGUCUAUUGAUUGAAACCUAGAAUAUCUGUAGAGACAAACUCUACCCAGUCUUUUCUAGACACUCAGCUAUCUCCACUGUUGUAGGUUAAUUGUAGCCAAAUCAGGGAAUGAGUCCUUUAGGCAAACGUUGGAUUAUAUAUCGAAGGAGAAGCUUAAUUUCAGAGAGCAGGAAGGGAAGGAGACGUGGGGGAAGUGUUCCGUGAACCAGCUACACCCCUAAGAAGGAUCACUGCAGCGUCACCAAGCAGGAGUCCCUCUGAGCACCCCUUCUGUCUCGUUCUGCCCCAGCUGGCCUCAUAUGCACCAGGCACGAUGCAGCAUGAGCCCUGAAUCUGGAGUCAGCCACUUGACACCCGGGUUUUAUUGAGAACUAACUCUCAGAUCUUGGGUGACUUCUUAUCACUCUGAACCUUGGUUCCUGUGAAGCGACAGGUGUGGACACUGAGAGUCGGGGCAAGCACGCUGUCUCCUGCUGGCAUUCAUCCUGCUCAUGCCGGAAAGGAAGAUCCAGAUUGGCCAAAAGUCACAAAAAGAAAGAAAAAGAAGUGGUCCCAGUUCUAACCCUGCCAUUCCUGUAGCUCUUUCUGGCUUGGAGUUUGCUUGUGGAAUUUCUUGGGCAGUUGUGUUAAAUCUGCCAGGUCAUGUGCAGGCGUAUCUGUGGCUGUGGGAGUUGGCUGGCCUCUUGGACCAGAAGCCAUCUCCGUAUACUCAUGAGUGAUUUGGGAUCUCCACGCAGACCCCGUGGACUGCAGGGUCCCGCUGUGGCGGCUGCCUAGAUGCCUUUUUAAACUUAUGCAAGGAAACCAAACCCUCCCAUGGUUCCUGAGCAGAUGCCGGAAGAAGAGGCUUUGCAGCCUUCCUGCUUUUCCACCAUAAUUACCUUGAGCUCGUCCCUUGGACUGGAGUCUCCAUAGUUGCAGUAAAAUCCUGUGGUGGGCCAAUGAGCUGCUUGCAUUUCUGUGAUGUUUUCAAAUAUGAUUCUUGGUGGGAUUUUUGGAAACUGAUUGCUCAAGGUCCCCUUCUUCAUAUUCUGUAACGGUUCCAGAUGAGAAUGGAAAACGCCCCUGCAGCCGAUUUCUGUAAUCCAGUUUUAGAGUUUGGCUGGUGGAUCUGCCUGGGGGCCUCGGAUGGAAGGAGGGUGACAUCUGUGCCCAGACAGAGACAUCUCUGGGAUCCGUGGUUGGCUUGCCUUGGGCAGCUCUCCUUCUAAGCUCAAGUUCUGACCUCUCCACAGUUCUUCACCCAACCCUGCCUUCUCAGCCACAUGCUUUUGGCCUUAAAUGCUCAGUCUUGUGGAGUUAAACCCUGUCAGAUGAUUGGAAGGGGCAUCCGUUUCCGGACCUUUGGCAUUCUCCCCGCACCGACUCCGUGAUCCUUCACCAUGGCCUUUUCAAGCUGAGCUGUUUCUGUUGUAUUUGAGACAACGAUGAGGGAACGUGGUGGCCACAACAGAACAGGGACUUGCAGAACGAAUGCCACUUCUGUCUCCCUUCUCAGCGGUGGCACGGAGAGGAGGUGCUGCAUUGGAGGGAGGAGAUCCUCUGGGUGGGGGUCUCUGGAGCCCACCCAGAGAGCUGGAAUGUGACCCACCAGGAGCCCAAGAAGACCACGGCGACUGUCUCUGGGGAAAGCGUUUGCUUCCCAUGCGGCCAAGCGCCCAAGACUCUGUGUCCUUCACCCUGACAGUUAACUUCAUUGCUUCUCUGUGCAGUUGGAGUCACCGUGGGUGCCCACUCUGUGUGCGUGUGCCAGGGAGGAGAUGGCUGUGGCCACGGCACAGGAGGGCACAGCCUGGCGUCACCAUGAUGGUUGUCUCUAUGCCAUCUCUCCAGUCCUUGAGGAGAGCCCAGAAAGAUUUUAGGAGCGAGGAGGUGCUUAUGCUCCAGGUGUUGCCAGUGUCCUGAGCUUGGAUUCUCGGGGGAUUUCAGUCACAGUGAGUGGACUUCACAUCAGCAGCAAUUCUGGUACAGAACUGUAAUGUGUUUUCACGUCUCUGUAGGAUUCACCUCUCACCAGCGUCUGUCUUAAAGAUAGGGCCAAUUUCAUGGAGCAUUUUUCUCUGUGUGUCCUUGUUGCUUUUGGCAGAAAAAGUAGAUUGACAUGUGUGCCCCAACGCCACCAUAGCCCCUAGGCCAAAAACGUCAUGGUCUAAACACCAAGAAGUUAUUCCUCGCAUUCCUUCCCUGGAUGGUACCGUUUCUUCGCCGUCUCUCCUUGAUGAUCCUUUGGGACCAAAGUCCUCUCCUUAGAGCACCCACAUCCUGUGGAACGCCACGGGAACUGGCCCAGCAGCCUGUACCAUCUGCGCCAUGUGAAAACCCUGAGAAAGAGACGCCACCUCCACUUGAAUCACAGCAGCCUGUCUCUCAGUCUCACCCUCACCUAACGGAGCUUGUUUCAACUCCUUGCUUCUUGACUGCUUUUGUACUAUGUGGAAAAUAUCCUGUCCACAAAAACCCAAACCUAGCAACUAGAAAAGGAACAGGGUACGGCUGGCAUCACAGAACUCCUUUGCCUUUCAAAACAAAAGCAAAACACCCUUAACGUCACCACAGAGCUUCACAGUGUGGGGAACUCAGCCUUCGCUUUUAAAAUUAGAGUCAUUGGAUCCAAGUUUGAGUCAGACACAGUAUUUGAGCUGCGCCGCUUCUGAGUUCUCCCACCUUAUUUGAUCACGUUCGAAAGAUUAUUUCCUGUGUUUACUUUGAUUUGUUCCUCAGUGUGUUAAAAUAACCCACACCUGGAACACUGCUCCUGUGACCUUUACUGCCCUCUCUAGAGGGUUGAUUUUGAUCAGCCUUUUGAAGAUGGGUGUCGUUUCCCUAAUUUGUCUCACAGGAUUCUGAGCAUUGUAUUCGGCAAGUUCUGAGAUUUGCCUUCUAUCUUAUGCCAAACACCCCUUUCUAAGAGCUGUCCCCCCUUAGUUUUAGAAGCGCUAGGGGUUUUCAUACUUAUUUUAUAGAACACCCAUUUAUAUUUAUUUCUGUAUAUAGAACUAAAAAAAACCCAGUAGUGUUAAAAAUCUUUGUUGUGGUUUGAGCAUCUUCGCUGCUUUUGGAUUAAGGUGGUGAAUCAAGGCUCCACUUCCUCUCUUUUCUGUCUUUAGAAAGCUGUGAUCGCGCGUGCAAUUAUUUGAAAGGAAACAUAGUAAAUUAAGAAACCUAUAGUUGUUAAGGAAGAAAGUGUUGGCGAGAUAUCCAUACUGCUCAUAUCUCGUUGGUGCAAUAAUUAAAUAGCAAGGGAAAUCCGUAUUGGCAACUAUUAGAAUUUAAUAAUUCUUUUUUUGUUGUUUAUUGCUCUUUUCUGUUCAAGGAUUUUCUAGAAAUUACUUCCUUUCAUGUGGUUGAAUUCUUAAGUUGACUAAUUCUCAUAGCUCUUAUCAUUAGAAGGGUUUACAGGUACCCCAAACAUACUAUGAUAAAAUCAAAUUGUGCUACUUUUGACCCAUGUGAUUUACCUAAAAAUUAUAAUUGCUGACAUAGAGUGCUGCCUUGAAUUUUGGUUCAGAACCUCUCUAGUUUAAAUGAUAAAUAACAACUCAAACAAUUCCAUAUUGUUUGAGGAAGGGGCCGUCAUCCUUCUGUACUGUUGGCGUGAAGUAAUGAGAAUUUGGUCCCAGUGAGUACGAAGGUCGUGCCGCUAACCAAGGCAGAGCAGUGCUUUUUGUGUGGCUGAAGAGACGUGCUAGCAAAAAAAUGAAUAUUCUAGAACAAUCGUUGGCCAAAAAUCACCUUAGGAUAAAAAAAUUGAGGAAAAUUUUUUAAAUGACAGAAAAAAUAAUCAUCUCACUUGUUCGAAACAGGAGCUAGCAUGAUCUCUGGAAGCAUAACCUUCCCCUCGUCGUGAAUGUUGAAAGCCCUUUCACUGUUUUGCAUUCUAGUUUGAAUAGUUUGUAUUGAAGUUGGAUUCCUAUCUUGUGUAUGUUUUGGUGCAUAAAAGGGAAAAAUUGGUGUCAUUACUUUUGAAAUUUGCAGGACAAAGGGCAUGCUGUUGGUUUGCUGUAAGAUUGUAUUCUGUAUAUAUGUUUUCAUGUAAAUAAAUGAAAAUCUAUAUCAGAGUUAUAUUUUAAUUUUUAUUCUAAAUGGAAAAAAAAAAACCCUUUUUACUUGAAAAAAAACUUGUAAGCCACAUUGUUAAUAAAGUAAAAAUAAAUUC